AUGAAGACAAUACAAGAUAACAAGACAAUAUAUACUGGUAUCUGUAUAGAUUUACUACGAGAAUUAUCAGUUAGACUCAAUUUCAGCUAUGAAUUGAUAGAACCACCAGAUUUAGAUUGGGGAAUCGUUAAAGAUGGAAGAUGGACUGGUUUAGUUGGACAGCUAACUCGCCACGAGGUAGAUCUAGUUGUAGCAGCUGUUACCAUCACUGAUCAGAGAGAGACCGCCAUAGAUUUCAGUUUCCCUUAUUUCUUUGAUUAUACCGGCGUCUAUCUGAAGAAGCCUGACCCUGGGAUAGAUAAAUGGUAUACUCUACUAGCACCAUUUAAAUGGCAGGUGCUCUUGUGUAUACUGUGUGCUCUGUUAUUCGCCACGUUCUUCCUUUUCACCAUUGAAACCACAAACCCUUACUACGAUAUCAAAAAUAACCAAUCGACCAGAUUCACGCUAGAUGGCGCUUUAUGGUAUUUACUUGGUGCACUGCUGGCUCACGGUGGUGUUCACAUUCCAUCUACAAUGGCCAGUCGAAUGAUAAUUGGUUUUUGGUGGAUAUUUAGUAUAAUAAUGGCGGCUACCUACAGUGGUAACUUGAUAGCCUUUUUAACGGUAACCCGUGAUACGUUACCAUUUGAAACAUUGGCAGAAAUGCUGCAACAAGAUACUUAUAAAUGGGGCAUAAUGGGCGGUAGUGCAACAGAGACCUUAUUUAAGAAUUCGAGUAUAGACGACUAUAAGGAAGUCUGGAAAAAUAUGGUGGAAUUCAACAAGACAGAUCCUGACGUCUUCCAUCCUGACCAGAGUGUCCAUCUGCAGAAAAUCCUGGCUGGGAAUUACGCCUUCUUGACUGACCGGUCCGUGCUCGCCUCCUGGACCAAUCAUAGCUGUAAUGUCAGUCUCUUACCGGAGAAGAUUUUCCCCAAUCACUACGCUCUGGGUCUUCCCGAUAAUUCUCCUUAUUUAGAUAUAUUCACGAAUCAGUAA